AUGGCAGGAGAGAAAGACGGAAAGACAGAGGCAUCUGCGGAGUUGAGCGAGGAGAGAGGCGAGACGAGGAAGAGCGAGGAGCCAGCGAGCGAGGAAGCCCUGGAGGCCAUGCGCGUGUGCUACCAGGGCUUCGAUCCGGCCGCCUAUCUCCAGUUCAACUACACGCCACCGCGGGCAGACUUCCAGCGCGCGGACAGCAUCGUGCCCUGGAAACUCACCUGCCUGCACAGAGCCUUCACUGAGGGUGAUGUGCGGGGGGAGGUGCUAGUAGAUGUGGGCUCUGGGCCGACCCUGUACCAGGUGCUGAGUGGCUGCGAGGUGUUCGGCCGCGUGGUACUGACCGACUUCCUGGAAGUGAACCGGUGCGAGCUCCAGCACUGGCUGGCUGACGGUUCCAGCAGCCUAGACUGGACACCCUACUUGGAGUAUGUCUGCCAGCUGGAGGGCCGGCAGCCAUCAGAGUCCAGUGAGAAGGCUGCUCGACUUCGCUCUGUGGUGAGCGAUGUCCUUCCCAUCGACGUGCACCGCUCGUGCCCUUUGCCCCCAGACGUCGUCGCCUUGCCAACAGGCGGAGCCGACUGCCUGGUGUCCUGCUUCUGCCUGGAGAGCGUGAGCCCGGACGUGGCGGCGUUCACGCGGGCCCUGGGGCACAUCUCCUCCCUGCUGCGCCCGGCGGGGCACCUGCUGCUCAUCGGCGCCCUGGGCGAGAGCUACUACCUGGGGGCGCCAGGGCUGCGCAUCCCCGUGGUGCCCUUGGACGAGGCCCAGGUCUGUGCCAGCCUCAGGGGCAGCGGCUUCCAGUUACAACAGCUCAGCGUCUACACCCUGCCUGCGGACAUGAGGGUUGGAGUCGAUGACGUCGCCGGAGUGUUUUUCGCCAAAGCCAGAAAACUGUAG